AUGGGUAGCGAAUCAAUAGACGCGACCCGGUUCGUCAUCUCGUUACGCGUGAUAAGAGGCUGCCUUUGGCGAACUUUGGUCUGUCCGCUGCUUCAACAAGGCGAUAUGGCUGCCGGAAGUCGUGGAUUCGUGUUGGUCAUCUGCGGCUGCACAAACUCUGGAAAGUCGACGGUGGCAAAAAGGAUCGAACAAUCUCUGAGUGGCGAGGGGAAAUCGGUGCAACUGAUCGGUCAAGAUGAUUAUUAUAUGCAACCUGAAAAGGUCGCAAAAGUUAUCAGCAACCUCAACCCAAGCAAAUUCUACUAUAAUUAUGAUGUGCCGGAAUCGGUGGAUAUUCCAUCGUUGAUCAAAGGGAACAUGAUCACCGAAAUACCAGAAAUGAUGGAAGUGAUGGAUAAGGGCGUGUUUUUGAUUACGGAUCAGAAAACAUGUCUACGACGUCGUCUCCAAAGAAAUUACGAUCCACCGGAUGAGGAAGGCUAUUUUGAUCAGAUUGUAUGGCCAGAAUACGUGGCUCAUUUGCGGAACGCGAUGAAGAGGGCGCGCACGGAGUCGCAGUUGAGUUUUGUUGACGUUAGUUCGGAGUGUGAUGUGCCGAGCGAUGCAUUGAUAGAUGAGAUGCUCGAGAAAGCCUUCAGCGACAGUUUACGGAUUAGCGAUUGUCCGUUGGAUAUCGCAAAAGCUCAAGAAGAGUUGGUAUCGCCGAGUUGUGGUGCGGUUUCGAUUUUCGUGGGAACAACGAGGGAUAACUUUCACGAUCGUGCGGUGACUCGUCUUGACUACGAGUGCUAUGAUGAGAUGGCUUAUUCAGAAAUGAGGCGUCUCUGCUCCACGACAAAAGCCAAAUUCCCAAGGGUGGAAAAGAUGUUGAUGUGGCAUCGUGUGGGAGAAGUGCCAGUAACAGAGACAUCAAUUAUUAUUGCUGCUUCCAGCCCUCAUAGACAAGCCGCGUUGGAAGCGGUGAGCUUUGCCAUUGAUGCAUUCAAGGCAACGGUCCCAAUUUGGAAAAAGGAGAUGUAUGCCGAUGGGGGAUGCUCGUGGAAAGAAAAUGCCGAGUCGAUCGCUGGGCGGAAAGGCGUGGAAAGACAGAAUAAACCUGAUCAAGUGGCGGCUACCUCUUCAAAUGAGAAAAAGGCUUGGCUCGAAUAUCUGCUCAAUAGGGCCCCACCAAUC